UGCCAGGCGGUACCAAACUCAAACUUCAAAGGUCUAAAAUUUGUUAAAAAAAUUUAGAUCUAAAAAUUACGAACACACGAACAAUCGUUUUCAAUUUGAGGUGAUUUCGAGAGUCUAGUCAUAACUGUUUGCCUCGCCUGUGUUUCAGUAAUAUAACCAAGACUGAGUUUUUCAUAAAAUAGCAUGUAUUUUGUGUGUAUUAAACUAUAAACGAGAAGUGUCUUUGGCCGUGUCUGAUGACGAAUCGUACAGAGAUCUAAAUCUGAAUCUCAGCAAUACUGUAUUUAGUCAAGGCUUGUGUUGUUUUGUGCGUUUUAUGUGAUGUCUAGCGGAGACCCAUCUCUCGAAGAAGAUGUCCCAAAGCCUCUGUUAGAAAAGCCAGAAGAAAAUGUAUUUACACCCAAGAUAGCGACACCUAUCUUUGCUGGGAGCGUGAAACUACACCACAGGCCUUCAGACUCAGCGGAAGCGGAAUCGUUUUUGUCUGAUGAACAACGCAAUGAGUUUGCGUUCCAACAGCUAUUCCACGAUGGAGUUGGAGAAUUACAGGAAACGGAGAAGGCAAAGGAGGAGCGGAUGGCGGACCUGCACGCGAUGUCCGUCCUGAGCACGUACCAGGACAAUCUGUCGCACGACAUGAACACGGACCGGGACAAUGGAAGCGAGGCCUCGACGAGGCCUGCCGAAGACUGCCCUUGCGGCGAGCCCGCGUUGCCUCCGGACACCAUCAAUAACAACGGCAAACCCGUGGCCAACCACUGUUCGAUUGUGAUGGGCGGUAUUUUAAACAAUCCUUCCCUGACAUUUAACGAUGGCGUCCGGUCGGUGGACUUCGUGUUGGUGUGGGAGGCCGGGAAGGAAGAGGCGACUACUGCGGAGGCUGUCGAAAGCAGAAGAGUCUUCGAAGGGAACCUGGAGAAAGAAGGCCUCCAGUUGGAGCGAGAAGCUCCCGAGGAUCUGUAUGGAUUGCACUUUGUUAAGAUUCAUGCGCCGCUAGCAGUACUUAGAGAUUACAGCGAGGUUCUUAAAUUAAGAAUGCCAAUGAAGGAAUGCAGUAAGAUACGCAAAGGUGGGAAGACGAAUGCGAUACUGAACGCUGCUCUGUACAUGUCGAAGUAUUCAGCUCUCAAGGACAUUCAUGAGAAGACGAAUAGCCUCAUAGACAGGAUAGACGAUUGUUGGGAUAAGUUCAUGUCGAGAAUCCGAGUAGAUCCCGCUAAGUUUCCCGAGAGAAAACAUCGGCUCACCGCCAUUUAUUCUAAGGACAAGGAGUAUUUAUUCGACACGAUGUCCGAGUGUUUCUGGACGCCGUCGAUCCGCUCGCGCAUCGUGCAGUUCAUCCUGGACCGCAAGCGGUUCACUGACGCGACGGGCGACGACUUCGGCUUCGGCGUCACCAGGCUCAUCGCCAACAACGCUUACAGCGCUGCGUACCCGCUGCACGAUGGUGAUCUCAAAACCCCCGGCUCAAUGAGGCACCUACUGUACACAGAAUGGGCGAGCGUUUCAAAAUGCUUGAACUAUCAACCCCUGGACUAUGUGAAGGACUAUUUUGGUGUUAAAAUAGGUUUAUAUUUUGCGUGGCUGGGGUUCUACACACACAUGCUAAUUCCCGCGUCAUUGGUCGGCCUCAUCUGCGUCAUAUACUCCGCGGCCACCGUGUUCACCAAUCAGCCUAGUGAGGACGUGUGCAACUACAACUCGUCGGUGAAGAUGUGUCCGCAGUGCGACGUGUUCUGCGAGUACUGGGACCUGCGCGCCACGUGUCUGCAGUCGCGCAUCACCUACCUCUUCGACAACCCCACCACCGUCUUCUUCGCCAUAUUCAUGAGCUUCUGGGGAGCCUGUUUCUUGGAGCUGUGGAAGCGAUACUCCGCAGAGAUGACCCACAGAUGGGACCUGACCGGCUUCGACGUGUACGAGGAGCAUCCGCGCCCGCAGUACUUGGCGCGUCUGGCGCACGUCAAACGUACACAGUUGAACGUGGUGACGGGCGAGCGCGAGCCCAUGGUGCCGUUCUGGCGCAUGCGCUUGCCCGCCACGCUCAUGUCGUUCAGCGUGGUGGCGCUGCUGGUGCUGCUGGCGCUGGCCACUGUGCUGGGCGUGGUGCUGUACCGCAUGUCGGUGCUGGGCGCCAUCAUCCUGCGCCAGCGCGACAGCAAGCUGCUCACCUACAGCCCCAUCAUGUUCACCACGGCCACUGCGGCGUGUAUCAACUUGGUCUUCAUCUGCAUAUUCAACUAUAUCUACCAAUUCCUCGCAGAAUGGCUCACAGAGAAGGAACUUCUAAGAACGCAGACAGAGUUCGACGACUCGCUGACGCUGAAGAUCUACCUCCUGCAGUUUGUGAACUAUUACGCGUCCAUCUUCUACAUCGCCUUCUUCAAGGGCAAAUUCGUGGGUAGACCAGGGAAUUAUGUGCGAAUAUUUAGCCACAGACAAGAAGAGUGUUCACCGGGUGGUUGCUUGCUUGAGCUGUCAAUCCAGUUGGCCAUCAUAAUGGUGGGCAAGCAGUUCAUCAACACCAUAGUUGAGAUGAUGAUGCCGUAUUUGCUCAAGUGGUGGAACAUUAUACGAACUAUUGGCAGGAAAAAACGGAUAAAAAGUCCCAUGCAGUGGGUGAAAGACUUCAAGUUGGUCGACUUUGGAAACAUGGGUCUCUUUCCCGAAUAUUUGGAAAUGGUGUUACAGUAUGGCUUCGUGACGAUAUUCGUGGCGGCGUUCCCACUGGCGCCGCUGUUCGCCCUCAUCAACAACGUGUUGGAGAUGCGCCUGGACGCCAAGAAGUUCCUCACGUGCUAUCGGCGGCCCGUGCCGCAGCGCGUCAACGACAUCGGCGUGUGGUACCGCAUACUCGACUCCAUCGGCAAGCUCAGCAUCAUUACCAACGGCUUCAUAAUAGCGUUCACGUCGGAGUUCAUCCCUCGACUCGUGUACCUGGCCGUGAAGGGCGACAUGAACGACUACGUGAACCACACGCUUACCGACUUCAACGUCAGCGUGCUAGAGUACCCGCCCGACGGCUCGCACUACAACGGCACCAUGUGCAGUUACCCGGGAUACUGGAACUACAAGGAUGGCGAUGACUACGAGCACACCAACUGGUACUGGCACGUGAUGGGAGCCCGGCUGGCCUUCGUCGUCGUGUUCGAGAACGUGGUGGCGCUAGUGAUGAUAAUAGUCCGCUGGGCCAUACCGGACAUGUCCGGCGAGCUGCGCGACCGCAUCCGGCGCGAGGCUUACGUCAUCAACAGCUUCAUCAUGGAGGAGACGCGCACGCGCUCCGUGGCCGACCGCUCCCCCGCGCCCGAGCUCGCAGAUGACGAUCGCGAGGCGGCGGAAUCGACAUGGAAUCACAUUGCAUCGCUAUCGGGAUCGGACUUCGACCUGGCGGCCCACGGCGAUCAUCAGAACAUUCGCGACUUGUCUAAACACGUUGUGACUGAUGUUUCCAACAAUGCAAGUAACUCUCCCGACCCCGCUCAUGUGUGAACGUUGUAUUUACCACUUAAAAAAAAACAACUACAAAGAGUAUCUAACUAACGACGAAAAUUAUUUCGACUUAAACGCCAAAGUGCGAAACGGUGUUUUCGCAAUAUAUUAAAGUGUGACACAAAUUGCUGCGUUUUUCGUGCUACAAAACAACUUGAUGCUAUUACUGUUGGAAUGCGCAAUGUUAAUAUAUUCUAAGUUCUGACGGCCGAGCUCGUAAAUUUCUGGGUUGUGUAGUCGUAUUCUACUUUUAUGUUCGACUUCGGCUUUAUGUCACGCAAUUUGGAACGUUAUUCACACCCUUUUUGGGUUUCUAACGUUUUAAAACUAUCUCUAAAUGAGAACAUCAUUCGCGGCCUUUCCAUAAGUAUGUUCGUUUUUGUAUGGGCUCUAGGCAACAAAAGCAAGUAGUUUUGAGAAAAUAAAAAUGAUAACGUAAUAAAUACUUCAACUGAAAAUUUGAGACCCAUGUGACAUAAUUAAAUACAGCACAAAUAUAUGUGCGGCGUAGUUUAUGCUCGGUCCGACGAUAUGAACGAUAAAAAGGUAAUAUCAUUUUUAUAAUGCUAAUUUGGCUGUAGUCUAUAAUCUCAUAAAUUUACUUGACUGUUUUUUCCGUUGAAAAAAUUUUUGCUAAGAAAAGAACCCUUUAAAGACCUCUUUCGGUUAAAAGUAAAUUUUUAUCAUCAAAUCUCUUAGAUUGCGACCGCUGUGUUGUUCAAAUUUGAGUAUAUUAAAUCAUAAAAUAUAACUACAACAGAGUCUCAUUAUUGGGGAAUUUGGUGGAAUAAGACUACGCUUUGGUUUACCACUACCUAUACUAAACCUAAAACGUUAACGACCAUUGUUUAUGUGUUCGAUAAAGAUGCCUUUAACUAACUGUAUUUCUGACUUUAUAAGAAAUAUUAAGCACUUUAUUGACAUAGACAAUUUAUAAUUAUUAUACUAUAAUGUGUAAUGUGUAUUUAUAUGUUAUAUAUUUUAUAAUCAUAGCGCACAACAACACUGAAAAAAAUAAAAGUUCCUGAUUGUUUUUUUAAAAUAUAAUCUUAUUACAAUAGUGCAGUUUAUUCGAAAGUUAUAUAUUAUACUCAAAUGUUGCUCGGACGAGUAGUUUUAACUAUUUAAAUGGGCACAUACAUAUUGUCUCAUGUCUCGAUAAUGUGAUCUUUUGCUGUAUUUUUAUAGAUAGUUAUUUCUUAUCGUUGAAUGUGACAAAGUAUCAAAUAAAUUACCUUAAAUUCACUCAUUGAAAAUGUUAUUCACUCAUCAUCAAUUUUAAUUAAAUUCACAAAAAUAAUCUUAUUGUCUCGAAUUGUGAUUUCUGCUGUACUUAAAUUAUACACAUAUCUUAGGCGAAGCUAAAAAUGAUACACACAUAUAACAAAGUGCACAGAAUGACCGUAUGUAAUAUUUAAUUCGGAUAAGGAUGUAGAAAAUGGAAUUUUAAGCAAAACACAUAUCAAUAAUAUAAAGCGAAAUAAUGCAUUGGAUCGCUAUUAAUAGCAUCGUUCUCUUCGCAUAGGAGUUUCUCGAGUAUAAUCGUUCGUUGUAUUUAUGUGAAGAGCAAAGUAGCGUUGCAUAAAGGAUGAUCGUUGAUUUAGUAAAUCAUCAAAGUAAUGUAUAGUCGGGACUUUCGCACAGUUGAAGAAUAAUGUUGUGACAAUGCAACAUUCUUGCUGCUUUGUUGCGAUGUACGCCAAUUUGAAGGGGCUAUGAACAUCAUAUAAAUCGUUAGACCAAAGUGCAGAAAGAAGAUCGAUUUCGGUAUCGAUCAAAAUUAUUUCUGUACUUUCGUCGUAAAUUUUGGCCGAUUGAUAGCGUUGAUAUGUUUUUCCUCUACGCGAUGUGUUGACUGGCCAUCAAUUGGAGUUUGGCUACUAAUUUGAGCUGAUUUCGGAUAAUGUUGCCUGCUAUUAUAUACCCUAACAUGUUAACCUAAAGGCCAGUCAAGUAACAAAUAGUUUAAGCAAAAAAAGUUUGUUGCUUAAAAGUAAUAGUUGGAAUUUGCAAAGUUAAAGAAAGUUGAAUUAAAUUGAAUAUUGCCAAAUGGAAAUGGAGUAUCAUAUAAUCUUUCCGUAGCAAUGUUAUUUUAACUAUUCUUCUUAAUAUUUAUAAUUCAGAAAACUCAUUAGUUAUUAUUAUAAGUUGAAUCUCAUAUUAUCGUAUUUACAUCAUAAGUACAUAAUUAUCUAUUUUUAUUGUAAAACUGUUACACAGAUCAAAUCAAAGAAUUAAAUUAAAUAAACUGAUCAAUUUAUUACCCGUAUUCCGUAUCUAUUAUGUAAGUAAGCAUAUGUAAAGCUGUUAAAAUGCCACUGGUUUCUAUAUUAUGUUUUGUCAAUUUGACUGUGAGCUAAUUGGCUAAGUAUAUAACCUAGUGUUCAUUAGAAACAAUAAUACGUGUAAGAAUAUAGUCGUCCAUUUUAACGCAAAGCGCUAAUGAUGUUUUACAAUUAUCUAGAUGUGGUUAGUCGAUUGUUAUAGCGUGUACUUUUUUGUAUUGUAGAGCUCAACACGUAAAAAAAAGCUUGUUAAAUGACACUUUUUUGAGCUUGUUUCAUAAUAUUAUGCAUAACUUUGUGAUACUUAUUAUAGCUUUUAAGCUUGAAUUAGUGCCCUCAUAUUUUAUUGAACCAGUUAAGUUUGUGCCUUCAUAUAAUAUGCGUAUUUUUCAGAUGUUACCUUCAUAUGUUUAAUUUUUAUUUAAAGGCCUAUUAUUAUCAAUCGCAUUAUUCGGUAAUGAGGGAACUGACAUAACAUAAUUAUAUUUACUUCAAUUUAUUCUUUAAAGUUAUGCGACUGUUAGAUGCGUUGUUGCCAGCUUUAGAAUGUGCUUAAUUUAAGAGAUAAAAAUAGUAAUAAUAAUUUUAGCUAUCGGUGUUGUCAUGGCCUUUACGGCCGGUUUUCAAAGUUUCUAUCUGUGAUCCGUCGCCUAGCAACGUUGUUUUUAGUUAAAUACAACAUACAAUAUAAGACAAAUGAACUUUUAUUACAAUAUCAUUAAAGGAUACGGUAAAAUCGAUGUUAGGUGCAUCGUGCACUUACCGGAGAUGCCUAAUGAAUAUUUAAUUGAAGGUAGGCCCAGUUAAGUCAAUAUUAUGUCAUGGCUCCCAGGCGAUAGGUACAGCAUAACAUAGUCUAUAGACGUCUUAGAUUACGUGACCGGUGUGCAAAAAUACUUUAUUUGUUUAUAUAGUUUAUUUGUAAUGGGAUUUGAACAAUAAUACAUCAUUACUGUAAGCGCACCAACCCACACUGGAGUGUGGUGGUGGGUAAAAAUCUCUUCUCCUAUUAGGAGAAAGAGACGUGACGCUUUAAUGAGCUAUUAUAUGCUAAUUUGAGUUCUAAACUAAAAUAAAUUUCGAGAUUUUAUUUAUUUAUUUAUGUAGUCAUUUAAUUAAACGCCAAAUAGGAGAGAAUUUCAAGUCGAUUGAUCAGGGAGCGUCUCGGAAAAUCUGAGGGUUUUUAAGACAUUGGGUGUUAUGUUUAUUGUAACCUUAAUCAAUGAGUCGAGUAUAAUGUCACCCUUGUGACUACACUUCGUGACCAGUGUAUGAUGUAAUGAAUUCAUUAUUGAUCAUAUAGUUUUCCUUGUACGUGAAAUAGGCAAAUGUCACUUAUACUGUUAGAGAACUUUCACAUUAGUUUUUCACCCACAGAGUAAGAGUGAGAUAUAUAUAGAGAUACCUAUAAAUAGACUCUUUCAUUUCAUCCACGCAGAGGCUACGUCCCGUAUACGUAACUUUGUCUCAUCUGUAUCAACUAUCCGGUCGUUUGAUAUACGUUUAGUGUGAAGAUCCUCUAAAAAUUCAAUUGUAUAUUUAUAGGUACAUAAUGAAUUUUUACUUCAAGUAUAAGUGGUUAUACCCCAGUCAAGUAUUUUUUCUUAUACUAUUCUUUUUUGUUAUUAAUGUACAUUGAAUCAAAAAUAUAUUAGUUUUGUAAUUCAUGUUUACCCAAAUAAUAUUAAAUGAUUAAAAAAUCUAUAAUUUCAUAAAAAUAUUUAAUUACAACUUUAGUCAUAUUUCUAUUUUAUUUUCUUAUAGUUUUAAAAAUGUUGAAAUUUAUUAAAAUUAUGAUAACCACACUUCAAUAUAUUUUAGAAACAUUUAUAAUUCUAUAUUGAAAACAAAAAUAUUUUAUAUGGCUCGCACAAGUAUUAAAUUAUUUAGUAAUGAAAUAUUGAAAUUUUAUUUAUUUGUAAUAUUAUAGUUAUACUAUAAAUAAAAAAAUAGUUUCGAAUGGGAAUUACGCAAUGCUUGUUAUAUAAAUAUAUAUAAGUGUAUUUCAUUUAAUAUAAGACUUUACUUUUAAUAUAUAAAGGAGAUUAAAGAGUGUGAUGCUUGACAAUUUUAGUUACCAAAUUAUUUUACUAAGAAAUUUAAAUUGUUUACUAUUUAUGGGCUGUGUAUUUGAUACCAAUUAGAGAAAAGAAUUCAAGUCGAGCAUAGUUUAAUAAUAUAUUUAUAAUUUAAUAAUUAUUAUAAAUCGCUGUGGCUGCUCUAUGGAUUUUUGUCCAAUGUUUUAUGAACACGAAAAAGGAUGCAUGGAGUAGUAUUAGCGAUUAAUUUUUCAUUUUAAUUUACUAGUGGAGGUUAUAAUUUCAUAGACUUUUGUUGUAAAAAUGUCACAAUUACGUAAACAUUUGGUUCCUAAGCGGAAGACAGGAUUAUUUUUUUUAACACAAGGUUUCUGUAUAUUUUGCAUUAAGUACGGGUCUUCUAAUUAACACGCAUUUCUUGUCUCGAUUAACUGUAAUAAUGAUUUAACACUACAUUGAUGGGAUUUUUUUUAAUUGGACUAAAUUUUGUUGGAACUACUUCUAAUUAAUAAUUAUUUUUUAUAAUGUAACUUUGACUACUUCAUCACACUUCAACAUUUAGUUGAUAGUUUUCGUUUAGAUUAGAAAGUUCCUUAAAUCAUCGUCCAAAAGUCAGGCCCAAUUACUUAGUAGUUAUAGGCACCCUAUUGAUUUCAUUAGCUUUUUCGACUAAAAUUCAUGUUGCUCAUUGACUAAAAUUCAUUAACAUUCGAGUCAGUAGGUAUAAGUCAUUAAAAAACUUACUGACUUUUAUUUCAAUAUUUCAGGCAGUAUGUCAAUGGUAGAGCCGUGAAAGCUCUUUGCCUCCGAUUCCUGAGGGCGUAGGUUCGAAUUUGGUCCGGGGCAUGCACCUUCAACUUUUCAGUUAUGUGCAUUUUAAGAAAUUAAAUAAGUAUCACUCACAUGGUGAAGGGAAAACAUCGUGAGGAAAUCUGCAUACCUGAGAAUAUUCUUAAUUCUCUAUGUGUGUGUGAAGUCUGCCAAUCCAUUGGGCCAGUGCGGUGGACUAAAGCCUAACUCCUCUUAUUGUGAGAAGAGACUCGUGAUCAGCAAUGAGCCGAAUAUGGGUUGAUAAUGUCAGUGGUACAGACCUAUUUCUGUAGCCUCUAAAAUAGAAUAGGUCCUACAUCUUAUUUCUCUUCUUGCGUGUCUGUGUACCUUCCUAUCAGAGACAGUAAAGAGAGUGCAUCUUUGUUUAUCUACACACACUUGUGAGUAGUCCCAUAAUUACCUUGUAAUUGUAGUUAUUCAUUGAUAUCAUAAUUUUAAAACACUGUCAAAAGUUACAAUAAUAUAGUUCAAAUAUUUGAUAAGUAUAAAAAUUGGGCAAACAAUAAUUAGUUUAUUUACCCAAUUGUUAUACUUAUCUAUAUUCAACAUAAUAAAUAAUUAACAUAACUAUGACCUCAACGUCUGGACGGGAAAUAUUUACCGACCUACUUAUUAUAGGUGUAUUAAUAAAAAAAUGCUUGACUGCAGUGUUAAGAAUCUUUUCCCUGCAAUAAAGUUUUAUUUAUCUGCUAUUAAAAAUACAAAGUCGUUCUUUGUAUGUUUUGUAUUCUCUUUUUUUUUGGAUAUUUUUGCCUACAUUUCAGUCUAGUGUUAUUAACGUAAAUAAGGAAUUCAAACAGUUAUAGGGUUGUUUGAAAUCCGGAAACUUCUAAAAUGCACUAAUCUUGUCGCAUGUAGUACUAUCAGACCAAUUACUUUCUAUUGGGUUUGUAUCGCACUCAAAUUCACCAACAAAAUUUUCUGUAGAUUUUUGAGGGGAACGAGGUAAACUCGCACAUCGAAAAUACUCACUACACACAACUAUAAAUUUUAAAUCGUUAUACACACACGUGUUAUUACAAUGAAACAUCGAUUCUAUAGACGCAGUUUGUAUGAAACGUUUGAUCAUAAUCAAAUAGUUUUGACAGAGGCAAAUCUCUAGCGAGGCAGGUCCUAGGGUAAUUGGUCUGAGAGUAUUACCACAAGUUAUUCUUAAGGCUAAGCUACACCAUUUGAAAACCCUUGAAACCUGCUGCCUACCAAAGCUACUCGUACGUCUAAAUUUCAUAAUUGGCUACCGUAGGUACUAACUUACGAAUACAGUGAUAAGAACAUGGCAGCCUUCAUAAAAUGCAAGCUCUGCUUCUAUUAAUUUUUUGUAAUAUUAACUUAGCCUAGUUCGCCAUGUGUAACUUAGCCUUUAUGGGAAAAUUAGUGAUGUCUAAAAACAUGGCACAUUAUUAUUUAAAAACAGUGGGUAAAAAUAUUUUAUACUGUGAAUUUUUCGAAGUGGGUUGGUAAGUUAGAAAAUGGAUUGCAAAAUUAUUGUAGUGUACCACUAGACGCCACUUAGAUAAAAAGCUUUUGAUGUUUGUUAUACAUGUUUACUCAACUUGUUAACUAUUUCGCCCUUUUGAAUGUGAAACGCUUGUUAUUUAUAAGAUUUAUAUGAUUAUAUGGAAAGUUUACAGAUUC